UACUUGAGACAUAAAAGAUUCCUCUCAUAAGAAGGCUUUAUUCUUUUCCAGCCCAUUUAGAAUGUUUUGAUGAGGAAACUCUGGAGCAAAGUCACACUGGUUCUUUCCUGACUACUUCAUUUACCUUCAUGCCCAGCUAUGCUUCCAGAAGCUUCUGUUUAUUGUCAACAGCAACCAAAUAUGAAUGGAUCUCUGAAGCUGGUGUCAUUUGAUGAUGUGGCUGUGUACUUCAGCUCUGUGGAGUGGCAGGACAUGGACAUUGCUCAGAGGACCUUGUAUAGAGAUGUAAUGCUGGAGACCUACAGCAACCUGGCGUCCUUGGGGCAUUGUGUUGUUAAACCUAAAGUGAUUGUCAAGCUGGAACAAGGUAUAGAACCAUGGAUGGGAGAAGCCCCAGACAAGAAUUUCACAGAUGUGCAAGAAGUGGAUGAUGUGAUUAAUUUAUGCCAGCAAAGUCCAGAUGAAUGUCUGUGUGAAAGAACAGUUACCAAUAGCAACACAGUGGAGGAAAGAGUGAGAUUAGUAAGAACUUUUGGUUUGUGCUCAGAACACAUGUCGGAGCUGAGUAAGAAUAAUGGGAACUCCUUAGGAAUGAGGACUGAGGAGUCCACUGCAUGUCAGAACAUGCUUCUCCAUACUGAGCCUGAAGCGAUGCAUGCUGAAUCCAGGCCUGGUGUCUCUCAUGUACUUGAACAGUCCCUCAGACAUAUGGAGCCUUUUAGCCAACAUUCUGGGAGCCCAAAUGAACAGCAAUAUUUUGAACGUGGUAGUGAAGGGACAGUAUUAAACUCAGAGAGCAUAUUCUUUAGACAUAAUUAUGUUUGUGUGAGAGAGCUCUCCUACAACCAUAAUGAAUAUAGACAAAAAGACUAUGGUAAGUGUGCUCUCCCUGUUCAAGAAAUACUUCGAGAGAGGAGCACAACUGAAUGUACCGUUUGUGGAAAAACAUUAAACUUAAGACCUACAAUCACUGCACAUCAGAAAAUACACACAGAAGACAAUCCCUGUUCAUGUAAUGAUUGUGAGAAAUCUUUCAGUAAGGAAAUAGACCUUACAAGACAUCAGAGCAAAUAUCCAGAGGCAAAUUCCAAUAAGCAUAACAAAUGUGCAAAAUCUAGCGCUCAGAAGUCACACCUGACUUCCCAACCUCAAACUCACAUAGGAGAGAAACCCUAUAAAAAUGGGGAAUGUAGGAAAUCUUCCACCCAGAAGUCAGCUCUCAGCAGGAAUCAGAGAACUCACACCGGGGAGAAACCUUAUGAAUGUAACAAAUGCGGAUAUUCCUUCAAGUGGAAGUCAGGUCUCAGGAGGCAUCAGAGAACUCACACAGGAGAGAAACCUUAUGAAUGUAACAAUUGUGGGAAGUCUUUCAUCCAGAAGACAAAUCUUAGUGCUCAUCAGAGAACCCACACAGGAGAGAAACCUUAUGAAUGUAACAAAUGUGGAAAGUCUUUCACCUGGAAGACAAAUCUUCGUAUGCAUGAGAGAACACACACAGGAGAGAAACCUUAUGGAUGUAACAACUGUGGAAAGUCUUUCACCCAGAAGAUAUAUCUUCGUAUUCAUGAGAGAAUACACACAGGAGAGAAGCCUUAUGAAUGUAACAAUUGUGGAAAGUCCUUCACCCAGAAGAUAUAUCUUACUUUCAGGAGGCAUCAGAGAAGUCACACAGGAGAGAAACCUUAUAAAUGUAACAAUUGUGGAAAGUCUUUCACCCAGAAGGCAAAUCUUAGGGCUCAUGAGAGAACCCACACAGGAGAGAAACCUUAUGAAUGUAACAAAUGUGGAAAGUCUUUCUCCCAGAAGGAAUACCUUACUGCUCAUAAGAGAAUACACACAGGUGAGAGACCUUAUGAAUGUAAAAAAUGUGAAAAGUCCUUUACCAAUAAAUCAGGACUCUACAGGCAUAAAAAAAUUCACACAGGUGAAAAACCUUAUGACUGUAACCAAUGUGGAAAGUCUUUCACCCAGAAGGCACGCCUUACUGUUCGUCAGAGAACACAGAGAGGAGAGAAAGUUUAUGACUGUAACAAAUGUGGGAAAACCUUCAGUCAGAAGAGAAGUUUGAGCGGGCAUGAAAGAAUUCACACAGGUGAGAAACCUUAUAAAUGUGACACAUGUGAAAAGUCCUUCAGGUGGAAGUCAGGUCUCAUGAGGCAUCAGAGAACACACACAGGUGAGAAACCUUAUGAAUGUGACAAAUGUGGAAAGUCCUUCACCCAGAGGUCAGCCCUCAGCAAGCAUAAGAGAAUUCACACAAGGGAAAAACCAUAUGAAUGUAGCAAAUGUGGAUUGUCUUUCAGCAAGAAGGCAUGGCUCACUGUUCAUCACAGAAGACACACAGGAGAGACGUUUUAUGAAUGUAGCAGAUGUGGAAAAUCUUUCAACUGGAAAUCAGCUCUCAGCAGGCACCAGAGCACACACACAGGAGAAAAACCUUACGGAUGUAACAAAUGUGAAAAGUCUUUUUCCCAGAAAGCAUACCUUAGUGUUCAUCAGAGAAUACACACAGGAGAGAAACCUUAUGAAUGUAACAGAUGUGAAAAGUCUUUCAGACACAAGUCAUCCCUUAUUUUGCAUCAAAGAACACACACAGGAGAGAAACCUUAUGAAUGUGACAAAUGUAGAUAGCCUUUCACCCCAAAGGGACCACCUUACUGUUCAGAGAAGACACAUUGAAAUCGUUUGCAUGUGAUGUGGAAAAUCUUUCACCCAGAAGACAUGCCCCAGUGUGCAUCAGAGAAUACACACAGGAG